GUCAGUCAGUCGCCCACUUGCGUGCUCCUUAAUCAAUAAAAUAUAAAUAAGUAAUCGCCUAAAAUAUUCAGGCUUCCUUCUUUCCUUCUCUUCUCUCCAUCAUAGCCGCCUUCUUCAUUCACUAAUCUCUUCUUCUCCUUCAAUUCCUGAUCUUAAAAGGUAUGCAAAUUUCACUUGAUAAUUAUGAGUUUAUUUGGAUCUCUCUGUCUGAUCUGUUCAUAUGAAAAACCGUGAUUACGGACAUACUGGGCACCUAGCAGGCCGGUGAUUAUUUUAUGCAAACGAUCGAUGAUGAAGGAUCAAACUUGAAGCGAGGAUUCCACACAAAUUAAUAUUUCUAUACAUAUGCAUAAGCCAUAUACACUAGCUGCAUUAUUACUUUAAGUUUUGAUUGCUGAAGGAGGUGUAGUUGAAUGUAUUGUUAAUUCCGUCUUCGUUGAUUCCAGUCGUGAAAUUUUGCAGAAUUUGUUAAGUUUUUUGCGGCAGGGAGGCGUUGUUGACUCGUUAUCGUUCAAGCUUGCAAGUCUCUGUCUCCAGAGAGAGAGAGAGAAAGUGAGGGUGAGCUUUUUUGGAGUUCACGUGAGGUUUGUGAAAAUGCCGCACAGAACGACUUACUUCUUUCCGAGGCAAUUUCCAGACAGAGGCAGCGGAUUCGACGCGUCUUCUUCGUCAAAGUUCCUUUUGGAUCACGAGAAGACCGGAGGGGGUCAAAAUGGGGGAAAGUCUGGAAAGGAGGAUAGCGAUGAAGUUUCAUACGCUUCCUCCCGUUUUGAUGCAUCUGAAAGCGUCACUGGAGGAGACAAAAUUCACGGGAAGCAAUUGACCGCUUUUGUCAACUGGCUGACUGAGAAAAAGGUUAAAGACAAAUCAUCGCAUCAUCAGAUUCCUCAAGCCGAAUUCGAAGUAGGAUGCGAAGAUGGUGGUGUGAAGGAUGAGGGCGGUGGUGAAUACCGCCCCCUCUUGCUUCCAAUUCCACCGGAGGCGGUGCCAAAAGUUGCUUCCUCUGACCACCGCCCAUCACGUGAACACAGACCAUCAGUAAUCAGGCCGAAGGAUCAGAAUGCUUCGUCCUUUCGACAUCUAGCCACUGGGGCAUCGUCCAGGAAAGAGAAUGGCGGGUUGGGGUUGGCUAAGCAACCCGCAUUGCAGCGGCCACCGGUUACUGAUAGCAAUCGCGUUAGGGUUCCGGGGAAGGACAAAGGACUUGAUGUUGAAAGGCAAGCAUCCUUGCAGCGGCUUUCAAGUGCGGGCAGCAUUAGCUAUGCUUUGAGUUUGUUUUCAGAGUCACCAUUGGAUGGGAACUGGCCGAAUACCGGAUUCAACUAUUCACACACGUCGACCACCUCUGGCUCAGAUGAGAAUGAAGUGGUUCCGAGGUUGAAGGAGAGCUAUUACUUGCAGCUCACGCUUGCCAGAAGCAUUGUUGAGCAAGCAACUAUCGCUAUUGAUGAGCCUCUGCAAGAAUGCAUGAGUGUCAAGGGUCUACCAGUAUGUUCUGAUGCUCAGACAGUGUCCUUCCGCCUCUGGGUAAGUGGGUGCUUGUCAUAUUUUGAUAAGAUAACAGAUGGAUUUUACAACAUCUUGGGAAUGAAUCCAUAUUUGUGGGUGAUGUGCAAUAACAUGGAGGAAGGUAGUAGAUUACCAUCUCUGAUGGCCCUUAAAGGUACUGAACACAGUGAUACAUCUAUGGAAGUGGUCCUCAUUGAUCGGCGUGGGGAUGCUAAGCUCAGGGAACUAGAAGAUAAAGCUCAAGAAAUAUUUUUUGCUGCAGAGAAUACACUUGUUUUAGCAGAAAAGCUUGGAAAACUAGUUGCUGUCCAUAUGGGGGGAUCUUUUCUCAUGGAGCAAGGUGAUCUUUACCAGCGCUGGGAAAUUCUCAGCAAUAGACUUAAGGAUAUGCAUAGGUGCAUCGUUCUCCCAAUUGGCAAUUUAUCUGCAGGGCUUUGCAGGCAUAGGGCUGUUUUGUUCAAGAAAUUGGCAGACUAUGUGGGGUUGCCAUGCAGAAUAGCUAGAGGUUGCAAGUAUUGUGUUGAAGAUCACCGGUCUUCAUGUCUCAUAAAGAUUGUGGAUGACAGAAAAAAUGCUUGGGAAUUUGUAGUUGAUCUAGUAGGGGAACCAGGAAAUGUGCAUGGCCCAGAUUCAUCUAUUAAUGCAAGUGAUCUUUGCUCUGUGCCUUCCCCCUUUCAAGUUGCUCAUCUCAAGGAAUUCCAGCUACCUAACAUGGAUGCUAAUACCAGUUGUCAACUACUGGAUUCAAAUCGUGGACUUCUUCGUGCAGGAAAUUUUACGUAUUUAGAAAAAGAAAAUCGAUCGGUGCAUGAUAUUGUCCUGAUGGACAAGCCCAAAAGUUUCUGGUGCAGUCCAAAUCAGUUUUCUGAAAUCAAAUCACCUGAGAUACUUACCACUACAGGUGGUGUAAUUACAAGAGAUGAAUAUAAUAAACCCAGGGAUCAAAGUAACAUAGCUCUAUUCCAGAAUAGCAUACAAGAGAUUGUUCAGCCUAGAUCACCUCCAUUUGCUGGUGGGCAUCCCAGCAUAAGUAAAUAUGUGGAGAGUGAGCUUACACUUGAGAAUCUGAAGCAUUCGGAAGCUACCCUUCCAAAAUACCUGAAUCUUGAACCAUCUCUUGCAAUGGAUUGGCUCGAGAUCUCAUGGGAUGAGUUACAUAUUAAGGAGCGUGUUGGGGCUGGUUCUUUUGGAACUGUACAUCGAGCUGAAUGGAAUGGAUCUGAUGUUGCAGUCAAGGUGCUCUCUGUCCAAGAUUUUGAAGAUGACCAAUUAAGGGAGUUUCUAAGGGAGGUUGCAAUAAUGAAGCGUGUCCGUCAUCCAAAUGUGGUUCUCUUCAUGGGUGCAGUCACUAAACGUCCACAUCUAUCCAUAGUGACGGAAUAUCUACCUAGGGGAAGUCUAUAUCGCUUAAUACACCGACCAGCUAAUGGGGAAAUGAUGGAUCAAAGGAGGCGCUUACGAAUGGCUUUGGAUGUGGCCAAGGGUAUCAACUAUCUUCAUUGCCUUAGCCCCCCUGUGGUUCACUGGGACCUUAAAUCUCCUAAUCUCUUGGUUGACAAGAAUUGGACUGUGAAGGUGUGUGAUUUUGGUUUGUCAAGGUUUAAACCUAAUACAUUCAUAUCUUCCAAAUCAGUUGCAGGAACGCCUGAGUGGAUGGCCCCUGAAUUUCUUCGUGGGGAACCAUCAAAUGAGAAGUCAGAUGUGUACAGUUUUGGUGUCAUUUUGUGGGAGCUUAUUACCCUUGAACAGCCUUGGUCUGGACUCUGCCCUGCUCAGAUUGUUGGAGCUGUUGCUUUCCAAAACAGAAGGCUUUCUAUGCCAGAGAACAUUUCUCCAACAAUGGCAUCUCUCAUUGAAGCUUGCUGGGAUGAUGACCCCGCCAAACGCCCGACCCUUGGUAGUAUCGUGGAAACACUGAAGAAGCUACUGAAGUCUCCCCAAAAUUUGAUUCAGAUGGGAGGGAAGUAAAGAUUCCCAGCUGUUGAUGCAGCUUUGAAGAAUUACAACUAGAGAGAACUCAGAGAAGUGUGCAAAACACCCGAGAAGGAACACUAUGAAGUCAUAAAGUAAAAGUAUUUGUUUUCUAACUCAUCGAGGAGAUACCACCACGAGAAUAUAACCAGGUUAUGGCUGAAACUUGCAAAUUACACACAAAAAUAGUGCAAGGGCGUCUGUAUUGUAAUUCUUGCCGAGGAGCAUCAACUGAUUGGGAACUUUGACAUCCGUAGUACAAAUUUGCUGUAAUUUAUGUUUCUGAGCGUCACCUGGGAACCUCGUUAUACCAAUUUAUACCAAAUUUCAGCCAUGUUUUAUGACAUCCUAGUUAAGAGCAUUCCAACUAGGGCUGAGCACUAGGGCUGAGCACGGAUCUGAGAAUUCCCGUUCCGUACAGAAGAACCGCCCCGAACCGUUCCAGAACCGAUAGAACCGGAAAAAUGUAAAACCGUACCGUACCGUACCAAGCUUUUUUAAUAAUAUGGUACGGUACUGGUUCUUAGUGAGAACCGUCCCGGAACCGUCCCGGAACCGUAUUAUCCUGAACCGUCUCGAAUUGUCCCGAAAACUAGUGUUAGAUUAUAAUAAUAUAUUAUACAUAAUAUAUUACCGAGUAUAA